UGGGUGUGGUGUCAAGACCAGCUUGUAUUUGCUCGUAGUGAGUCCAUACACACAUUCGCCACUAUAGCCUCUGGUUGCUGCCCUCAGCCGUAAAGUAGUGUUCUGCUCUCCAUGCCAAAGGAACUGAUCAACAAACCUCUCUAAUGGUCAAAAUGUGUUUACUUUUUACUGAGCACUACAUUACAUGAUGUAAAUACAAACAUGAAUUGUGUUAGAGUAAUUUUACCCUCGUAAAACUUAGACAGCAGCUAGAGGUCUGUGUAUGGAGGUUCUGAGUACUGUUGUUUUUCUGUUCAACUUGAUAAUUAUUGCACCUACCUGGUGUCUCAACUCUACCAGUCCGUGAAGGGAAGAAUGGAAAUAUAUUUUUUUCUUUUCAUAUACUAACGAGCCACCAGACUACAGAAACUAUAGCAAUGGAACUGAAGUAACGGAAUAGCAAUACCUAUAACAUUUGCAAUGGGAAUAUGGCAUGGGGAGAGAGAAAAAAGUAAUUCGCUGCUUUGAUUUAAAAACAUAAACAACAAAGUGGAACUCUUAAAGAGUGGAACCCUCACUUUCCUAAUAUAAAGUUAAAACCUCUCCACCCCUAUCCUCUUCCCUUUUUUCCGCUUCUCUCGUCUCCUCACUGCCCUUCCUUUCCCUAAAAUUGUCUCUCCUUUCUCUUCUCCUGAAAAGUAAAAAAUAGUGUCGGUGGUGAAUAUUUUAGACCUACCUCCUAUGCACUUGUGGAGAUGUCAAAUCAAAUUUUAUUGGUCACAUUCACAUGGUUAGCAGAUGUUAAUGCGAGUGUAGCGAAAUGAUGUGCUUCUAGUUACGACCAUGCAGUAAUAUCUAACAAGUAAUCUAACAAUUUCACAACUACCUUAUACACACAAGUGUAAGGAAUAUGUAAAUAUAAAUGUAUGGAUGAGCGAUGGCUGAACGGCAUAGGCACUAUGCAGUAGAUGGUAUAGAGUACAGUAUAUACAUAUGAGAUGAGUAAUGUAGGGUAUGUAAACAUAUAAAGUGGCAUUGUUUAAAGUGACUAGUGAUACAUUUAUUACAUCGUUUUUUAUUAUUAAAGUGGCUAGAGAUUUGAGUCAGUACGUUGGCAGCAGCCACUCAAUGUUAGUGAUGGCUGUUGUGGUUGUUGUCCUUGAUGAUCUUUUGGCCUUCCUGUGUCAUCGGGUGCUGUAGGUGUCUUGGAGGGCAAGUAGUUUCCCCCCGGUGAUGCGUUGUGCAGACUGCACCACCCUCUGGAGAGCCUUGUGGUUGUGGGCGGAGCAGUUGCUGUACCAGGCGGUGAUACAGCCCGACAGGAUGCUCUCAAUUGUGCAUCUGUAAAAGUUUGUGAGGGUUUUUGGUGACAAGACAAAUUUCCUCAGCCUCCUGAGGUUGAAGAGGCGCUAUUGCGCCUUCUUCACCACGCUGUCUGUGUGGGUGGACCAUUUCAGUUUGUCCGUGAUGUGUACGCCGAGGAACUUAAAACUUUCCACCUUCACUACUGUCCCGUCAAUGUGGAUAGGCAGAAGUAUUAUGACAAUGGCUGAUACAACCCUAACCCGUGUUUGAUUAGUGUGUAGUCCUAGAUGUUUUUUUAUCUGCUGUGUUUAGUGGUGUUUUGGAUGUUAGGAUGUGUUAACUCCCACUGAGUAAACACUUGAUCCCAGCAUCUGGGUUUUGUGCUUUUCUCAGGGGCCUCCUGUUCUGUGAGAGACAAACCACACAACAAAUACAAAGGAUUUUGAGACUUUUCUUUGUCAGAGGCCAUAUUGUAGAAUGGAAAUGUUAAAUGUACCGUAGGGGAUCAUAGAAAAUAUUUAUUUUGAGUAUUCUGGAAUAAUCUUGUCUACAGUAUGGGCUGUUUUCCCGGACUCAGAUUACACCUUGUCCUGGACAAAAAAGUAAUGCUCAAUUUAAAUUCAAUAUAAAAAAAAAACAUUUUUGUCCAGGACUAGACUUAAGACAGGAGAGGAAGAAGGGGAGAUGGAAUAUACAGUAUUUAGCUUAGGUACACGCAUGCUAGGGUGUGUGUGGAGGGGCAGGCAUUCCCCCUAGAAUGCUCGUACCUAAGCUAAAUACUGUUAAGUUAAAGCCUUAAUCAAAAAUGGAUUCAAUAAAAAUAGCCCAUAAUGACAAAGCGAAAACAGGUUUAGAAAUCUUAGCAAAUUUAUAAAAAAAUAAAAUAUCUUAUUUGCAUAAGUAUUCAGACCCUUUGCUAUAAGACUCGAAAUUGAGCUCAGGUGCAUCCUGUUUACAUUGAUCAUCCUUGAUCUUUCUACAACUUGAUUGGAGUCCACCUGUGGUAUAUUCAAUUGAUUGUACAUGAUUUGGAAAGGCACACACCUGUCUAUAUAAGUUCCCACAGUUGACAGUACAUGUCAGAGCAAAAACCAAGCCAUCCAGCGAACCAAAAACCAAGCCACCGGAGUGCAACAAGCCAGGGACAGCCCCCAUAAUAGUUAGUGGUAUGGAAUCCCAGUUGAGAGUGGGAAUCAGCAUCCUGUCCAGGGGGUACAGGCUACUUGUACUUCAAGCUGCCUUAUGUGACAGAAACAGGAGAUAGGCUUUUACCCAUAUGGGCCAUUCAUGGAUUAUUUGUCCAAUGCUUGGCUAAGUAAUGUUACUUACUUUAAUUUACAAGACUGAAACCAAGUCUGAUUCUUCUACAUAAAAGAGCUCUGUAGGAGACAGCCCUGUAGCCAUCUGUUUUCUUAAAUAUUGGGGAAACAAGGAGUCCUGCAUCUUGUGGUUCUCUUCUGUUGUCCCUUUCUAACACAUACCUCACAGAAAUAGAGAAUGAAACUAAUUUUAUCCUCAGUUAUCCUUUAUACCACGAUAUACGCUUGCUCUUAUUCCAGAAAGCACACCACAUAUACCCUAGCAUAAUGUGGCUGAGUGAUGAGGAGAAAUGUAACGUUUUUUUUGUCCAUUGUGUAUUUCCAUUUGUGGAAAAUUUUGUUUAAUCCUGGAUUUAAAAAAAAUAUUUAUAUUUAGCUUCAAUGUGGUAAAUGGCACAUGUGUACAUAAACUCAGUAAAAAAAGAAACGUCCUCACUGUCAACUGCGUUUAUUUUCAGCAAACUUAACGUCUGUAAAUAUUUGUAUGAACAUAAGAUUCAACAACUGAGACAUAAACUGAACAAGUUCCACAGACAUGUAACUAACAUAAGUGGAAUAAUGUGUCCCUGAACAAAGGGGGUGGUCAACAUCAAAAGUAUCAGUCGGUAUCUGGAGUGGCCACCAGCUGCAUUAAGUACUGCAGUGCAUCUCCCCCUCAUGGACUGCACCAGAUUUGCCAGUUCUUGCUGUGAGAUGUUACCCCACUCUUUCACCAAGGCACUUGCAAGUUCCCGGACAUUUCUGGGGGGAAUGUCCCUAGCCCUCACCCUCCGAUCCAACAGGUCCCAGACGUGCUCAAUGGGAUUGAGAUCCGGUCUCUUCGCUGGCUAUGGCAGAACACUGACAUUCCUGUCUUACAGGAAAUCACGCACAGAACGAGCAGUAUGGCUGGUGGCAUUAUCAUGCUGGAGGGUCAUGUCAGGAUAAGCCUGCAGGAAGGGUACCACAUGAGGGAGGAGGAUGUCUUCCCUGUAACGCACAGUGUUGAGAUUGACUGCAAUGACAACAAGCUCAGUCCGAUGAUGCUGUGACCCUCCACCUCCAAAUCGAUCCUGCUCCAGAGUACAGGCCUCGGCGUAACUUCCUCGGCGGAACUUUCAUUCCUUCGACGAUUAACACGAAUCCGACCAUCACCCCUGGUGAGACAAAACAUUGACUCAUCAGUGAAGAGCACUUUUUGGCAGUCCUGUCUGGUCCAGCGACGGUGGGUUUGUGCCCAUAGGCGACUUUGUUGCCGGUGAUGUCUGGUAAGGACCUGCCUUACAACAGGCCUACAAUCCCUCAGUCCAGCCUCUCUCAGCCUAUUACGGACAGUCUGAGCACAGAUGGAGGGAUUGUGCGUUCCUGGUGUAACUUGUGCAGUUGUUGCCAUCCUGUACCUGUAACGCAGGUGUGAUGUUCAGAUGUACCGAUCCUGUGCAGGUGUUGUUACACGUGGUCUGCCACUGCGAGGAUGAUCAGCUGUCCGGCCUGUCUCCCUGUAGCGCUGUCUUAGGCGUCGCACAGUACGGACAUUGCAAUUUAUUGCCCUGGCCACAUCAGCAGUUCUCAUGCCUCCUUGUAGCAUGCCUAAGGCACAUUCACACAGAUGAGCAGGGACCCUGGGCAUCUUUCUUUUGGUGUUUUUCAGUCAGUGGAAAGGCCUCUUAAGUGUCCUAAGUUUUCAUAAAUGUGACCUUAAUUGCCUACCGCCUGUAAGCUGUUAAUGUCUUAACGACCGUUCCACAGGUGCAUGUUCAUUAAUUGUUUAUGGUUCAUUGAACAAACAUGGGAAACCCUUUACAAUGAAGAUCUGUGAAGUUAUUUGGAUUUUUAGGAAUUAUCUUUGAAAGACAGGGUCCUGAAAAAUGGACGUCUCUUUUUUUGCUGAGUUUAUGUAUAGGCUUGUCUCCCAUAUGAAUCUUCUCUUUGUACCAGACUGGGUUCAAAUGCCUUCUGUUUAUUUUUUUCAGUAUAUGUUGUAUGUAUGUGUAUAUACACUGUGUAUAUUAUUUUCCUGCUCCAGUGAUAUAAUUAUUGUUUGGAUAACCUUAUUUACUAUUGUGUAUUGAUGUUUACCUUACAUUAUUUCACUCUUUAUGCGAUGCGCAAUGCAGGAGUAUACUGUUAAAAUAAUUAUCAUUGUGAAUUAUUGUAAUGUUUGUGUCAAUUAAUCCCAAAAGGGAUGGGUUGCCAAUUGGCGAUUUGACACGAAAAUAACAUUUCAUUCAUACACUUCUCAAACUCUCACCUUCUCUUAUCUCUCCCUUCCUGAUAGGCACCCCCCCCUCCCAAUAUCAGUCAAUCAUAAUCACCUUCAUUGUGCAUCGUUGUAAACAUUAGCUUAAUUACCGUUUGUGUUUCCCUCUUAUCACUCGCAUGUUUAUCCUUGCCCUAGUGGCUUUAUAAAUACAUUUGACAUGCGUAGGGUUCCAUCAUAGGGAACAUACUUGAGUUCCCAGUGCACAUUUUUUUCACGAUGCGAGAUUUGAUAAAUUAAACAAAUUAGAAUAGCAGUUAAUCUCUAUAGCCAUUUUGCCGGAUAAUCUAAAAUCGAUUAAUAACACACACGUAUGUCUACUUCACUAACGUUAGCUAGCUAUAUAACGCCUUAGUCAACGCAAAGGCGUUAGUUAGCUAGUUUACUAAUGACCUAGAUUAAUAUCUCUCCUUGAUUAAAUUCGAACUCUACAUUCUGUCCAGACCCUUUAUACUUUUUGUUUACAACAAAUGUGUUCAUUUUCUCCUGUUUAUAAAUAUGAUACUAUUCCUGAUUUCAGGCAACGCAACUCUAGCUACGUCGGCGCGAGUCGAGCAGACGGUACUAUGACGUCACUGACAAAUUCGAUAUCCCUUCUAGCCAUGACCGAAUAAGAUAAGGAUUUUGACAAACUGUAUCCCAUCUAACCAUUACCCAUUCCUUUGGAUUUACAACAGUAGCUAGCUAGCUAACGUUAGCUGUAUGCUGGCACAAAACUAAAGAAGGAAGCAGAGGGAAAUAUAUUUUGAGACAUUUUUCUUUGUAAUGUUAUAAAACAGGCCACGAAAGCCAGGCCUUGAUACUUUAUUUAACUGUUCAUUUGUAAGCCUGGCUGUUGCUGUUCAGCAGUGAAACAUGGGGGCUGACAAGAGGUUUGGCCGAAGUGAGCGUAGUGGGAGGUAUGCGUCAGACUGGGGGCGAGAUGAUCCAGAGUGGCGUGAAAGACGGGACAGAGAGCCAGAUAGGGAUUAUGACCAGCGCUGGAGUGACGAGAGACACACUGACCGUUUUGAUGAGCGCAGAGACCGAGACGGCCCUCAGAGAAGGCGAAAGCGCCACAACAGUGACAGGUCUGAAGAUGGCUAUCAGUCUGAUGGUGAUUAUCAAGAGCAGGAUUAUAAGAUGGAGCUGGGGCAGGAGGAGAGCAAGACCAUCAUGCUCCGGGGCCUGUCCCUCUACGUCACAGAGGAAGCUAUCCAGGCUGCUCUUGAGCAGCUGCAGGGACCCCAGCCUGUGGACAUUCGGCUGAUGAAGAAGAGGACAGGUAUAAGCAGAGGUUUCGCCUUCGUGGAGUUUUAUCACUUGCAAGAUGCUACCCGAUGGAUGGAGACCAAUCAGAAUAAGCUGAUGAUCCAGGGAAAGUGUGUGGCUAUGCACUACAGCAACCGGAGACACACAUUUGAAAACUGGCUCUGCAAUGCUUGCGGUCUGUACAAUUUCCGGAAAAGGCUGAGGUGCUUCAGAUGUGGAGCAGUCAAAGUAGAGGGGUCAGAGUCUGCUGGCCCCAGUGACCGGAACUUAGACCCUAAGCAAGCUGGAGACUACUGUGGUGACACAAUCAUCUUGAGAAACAUCGCUCCCCUCUCCAGCGUUGAGGCCAUCAUGACGACCCUGGCUCCCUACGCCAUCCUGUCUCCGGGCAACAUCCGUCUGAUCAAGGACAAACAGACAGGACAGAACAGAGGCUUUGCCUUUGUACAGCUCUCCUCUCCUCUGGAGGCUUCCCAGCUCCUGACAAUCCUCCAGGGCCUGCAGCCCCCUCUGAAGCUGGAUGGGAAGACUAUUGGGGUGGAUUAUGCGAAGAGUGCCAGGAAAGACCUGCUGAUGCCAGAUGGGAACAGAGUCAGUGCCUUCUCUGUUGCCAGCACAGCCAUUGCUGCUGCUCAGUGGUCCUCCAGCCAGCCAAAGCAGGCCCUGGGUGCUACCACAGACUAUGGUUCCCUGCAGGAGGGCUGUGCACAGCACACACAGUAUGGGCAGGAUUAUCUGUCGUGGCCUCAGCAGCCUGCUGUGUUGGAUCCUGCUCCUGGAGACGGAAUAUUAGGAGCUGCACCAGGAGUGAAGGCCCUGGUCCCUACAGCAGCAGGUGUGGUUGUUUCCCAGACCACACAGGUCUACCAACAUCACCUCCUCAGCCAGCCUACCCUACAGUUGCACCAACUAGUUGGGCAGAUUGAUGUGCCACCACAGGCUACCAGUUCCAGAGUUGCCAACUCUUCACUGAGAACAGCAGCAGCCGCUUUGGCAGCCUCCCCUGGAGCUGCCACUUUCUCUGACAGCCCAUCUGUUGUUCCUGACACCUCUGCUUACCAAUAUGAUGAGUCAUCUGGGUACUACUACGAUCCACAGACUGGUCUGUACUACGACCCUAACAGCCAGUACUACUUCAACUCCCAGACCCAGCAAUACCUGUACUGGGACAGUGAGACACAGACCUACAUCCCUGCAGCAGCAGAAACAACAACAGCAGCAGCAGACUCCAGCUCCGAACAGGCUUCCGCCUCCUCAGCAGCCUCGCCCAGCACAGAGUCCAAGGAGAAGAAGGACAAGCCCAAAAGCAAGUCUGCCCAGCAGAUAGCCAAAGACAUGGAGCGAUGGGCCAAGAGCCUAAACAAGCAGAAGGAGAGCAUCAAGAGCAGCUUGCAGGGCCUGGGGCAGGGCAGGGAUGAGGACCGGAGAGAGGCUGCCGCUGCCGAUGCAGGCUUCUCUACCCUCUUUGAGAAAAAGCAUGGUGCAGGGUUUGAGACCCAGCCGGUGGUGAUGAAUGAGCUGCUGAAGAAUGGAGAACCGGAAACCCCAGUAGCCAAGAGUGGCCUGGUGGCAGCCUACAUUGGUGGGGACAGUGACUCAGAGGAGGCAGCCAACCCAGAGAGUGGAGGUGUGGGUGAUGAGGGGUCAGACAAGCUGACAGACUGGAAGAAGAUGGCCUGCUUGCUCUGUCUCAGGCAGUUCCCCGGCAAAGACGCCCUGCUGCGUCACCAGCAGCUCUCAGACCUGCACAAGCAAAACUUGGAAAUUCACAGAAGAUCCAAACUAUCUGAGGCCCAGCUGGAAGAGUUGGAGGGAAAAGAGAUGGAGCUGAAGUACAGAGACAGAGCUGCUGAGAGAAGGGAUAAGUAUGGUGUUCCCGAACCACCAGCACCCAAGAAGAAGAAAUUCUAUCAGCCUCCUGCCCCCACGGUGAACUACGAGCAGCCCACCAAAGACGGUCUUACCAGUGCCAACAUUGGGAACAAGAUGCUGCAGGCCAUGGGCUGGCAGGAGGGCAAGGGCCUGGGCCGCAACCAGCAGGGCAUCACUGCACCUAUCUCUGCCUCAUUACGAACCAAGGGCACAGGCCUGGGCAUCAAGGGAAGCAACUACGAACUCUCCGCAUCAGACACCUACAAGGACGCCGUGCGCAAAGCCAUGUUUGCACGCUUCACUGAGAUUGAGUGAACAAAUAUUACAGCCAUCCACUCCAUCCUCAAUCCCUGUUACCUGCCUAUUAUCCUCACCACUGUGAAAAUGACAAGAACAAGAGGAACAAUGUGUUAUUUAUGAUCUCUGUGGCCUUGUACAACAGCUAUAAAUAAUGAAGAUAUUGGGUAUUUCACAGGCCAAGCUAGUUCUUCUAUUUAAUGUAUUUUUUUAUUUAGUAAAAAAAGCUUUCUUUUGACUUUUUCAUCCAUAUAAAAUGCUGUCAAUAGCAUUCUGUACAGUUUGUAAUUUUGUAUGGAUUACAAAUGUGUCUGUGCUAAGCUCCUCUGUGGAUGUUUGUCUGAGAGAAAGAUCAGAAUUAAACUUGACUUUUGUGUU